CGUCGCCUAUCGAUAUUGCUAGAUUCAUGCUAGCUGGCUUAGAUACCUAGCUUCAAUGUUGUUUAGCUCCACUAAGCCCUGCGUCAUUGAGGGUCUUCGAAACUGGCCGUACUAGCCUGGGCCGAUCAAGACUUUAAACCUUUCCAACUCUUGAAUUCAAACUACUAGAAUUCUCCAGUUGGAAGAAUACUCGUUUCCCCUCUUCCCAGUUUACAGUUAUCCGCUAUCAUUCGAAUGUCAUCGUAUCUAAUAUAUCGUUUCUCCUACUUUUUAUAUACCCCCACAUAGGACUAAACCAUCUAGCGUGUGCUUCAAAUAUCCGAGACUUAAAUGGGACUAUUCUAGAAUAUCUUUCCGAGGCCAUAAGACAUGUCAAUGGCAAGUCUGUGUUCGGCGCCGGUCCGAGGCCAUAUGUCUGUAUUGAAACGCCCACUACUAUCGCCAUGUAGACUCCGACACUCCUUCGAAGCUACGACACAGCAGUCGAGCAGGCAGUUCACCUCUACGCCGAGACUCUCUUUCCAUCGAUCGUCGCAAAAAUACCAGUAUAAGGAACGCUUCGGGUCAAGAUUGCGGACUGCGCUUAAAGACACAAAAAUACGAUGGUAUCCUAUACCCGUCGGAUUAGGUAUUGGAUUUCUCGGCUUUGUGCAGUUUUAUAAGACACAAGCUCGCGAGAAAGAGAGGCUAGAGAGGGAGGCUGAUGGCGAUGGCCCUCGACCCAAGAAACGGGCACGGAUACGGCCCGACGGACCAUGGCAAGUUCAAGUAAUGUCGACACUACCACUAAAGGCUAUGUCGAGGUUAUGGGGGAAGUUUAACGAACUCACUAUUCCAUAUUAUCUCCGGAUCCCAGGCUUUAAGCUCUACUCAUUGAUCUUUGGGGUGAAUUUGGAUGAAGUAUCGGAGCCGGACUUGCACGUAUAUCCAAAUCUUUCGGCUUUCUUCUACCGGACGCUAAAACCCGGUGUUCGACCAUUAGACCCGAACCCGAACGCAUUAUUGUCCCCCGCUGAUGGACGUGUGCUGCAAUUCGGGAAGAUUGAAGGAAACGAUAUCGAACAAGUCAAAGGCAUGACAUAUACGAUCGAUGCGCUUCUAGGAAAAAAUACACCUACAUCCAGCCUAUCAGACAAAAAGCCCGAUGUAAUUGACCAAUCGCCUAAACCGACGCCCACACGCGGUGACGAAGAGCUAGUUUCCUCGGAUGAGGAGUUUGCACGUGUCAACGGAAUUUCAUAUACGCUACCCAACCUCCUCUCAGGCCCCGAUAGCCACGACAAGCCCAAGAAACUUGAAGACCAGGCUGCCAGGCCUUCAAGCCCCGGCGCUGUCUCCGAAGUUCGUGCGGAUCUUGCCCUCGGCGAAAAACCGUGGUACGACCUGUUGUCGCCGGGCAAUCGCACAGCGCUCUACUACGCCGUUGUAUACCUCGCACCCGGCGACUACCACCGAUUUCACUCUCCCGCUAACUGGGUCGUCGAAAGGCGGCGACAUUUCGCAGGGGAAUUGUAUUCAGUCUCCCCCUACCUCCAACGCACGCUCCCAGGCUUGUUUACACUCAACGAACGAGUCGUUCUUCUAGGACGCUGGCGUUGGGGUUUCUUCAGUUUUGUGCCCGUCGGCGCAACGAAUGUUGGAUCCAUCAUGGUCAAUUUCGAUCGCGAAUUACGCACUAACUCCCUGUUAACCGACACCGCGGCCGAUCGUGCAGCCGAAGAGGCGGCAGCCCGUGGCGAGCCAUACGCCGGCUUCGCGGAGGCCACAUACGGUGCCGCAAGCCAGGUCCUAGGUGGCCAUGCGUUGCGGCGUGGAGAUGAAAUGGGCGGUUUCAAGCUAGGAAGCACGAUUGUGCUUGUUUUUGAAGCACCUGUAGCUGAGAACCCUGGGGCCAAGGGAGGCUUUGCGUGGGCUGUUGAGAAGGGACAGAAGGUUAAGAUGGGGCAAGCUUUGGGGUUUGUAGAAGAGUAGUGAUGUGAAAUACGAUAUAGAAAAAGAAAAGGAAUGUACAUAUCAACUCACUAACCAUACAACUAGCCGUACGCGGCAAGCCUCGCUUGUUUAAAACGAAGAAAGUAAAAUAUUAUCAUGAA